AUGGAGGGAGAAUUCGCUCUUAAGGUCUAUCGGCAGCGGAUUCGCUCGGGAUCUUUUUCCCCCCUCUCUGACGCCGCAAGGUGGAUCUUAAAAACAAGGCUGCGAUUUCAAGGCUUACGGCCCAGGGCGCUGCAGCCGGGGGAGAUGAGUGAACUUCGGGCUCUAACUAAGACUGAAGCGCUUAGCCUCGGGCCACCCGACUGGAAGCAGGCUUGUCAUGCCCUUUUAUAUGCGCCCAACCCGGGCCGGCUUUUUGGCAAGAUCCCGUUGCGUUUCGCAGUGUUGAUGCAGAUGAGGUUUGAUGGUCAGCUGGGAUUUCCAGGAGGGUUUGUGGAUCCUCAGGAUAUUUCCUUGGAAGAGGGACUAAAUCGAGAACUGUGUGAAGAGUUGGGUCCUGGGGCUGCCUCCCUCCACCUGGCUGAGAAGGAUUACUUGAGUUCCCAGGCUUCUGAUCAGCCACAGAGAGUGGUGAUGCAUUUCUAUGCCAAGCAGCUUAGCUUGGAAGAGCUCCGAGUGGUAGAGGAAGGGGCUAUUCAGGCAAAAGACCAUGGAUUUGAGGUGAUGGGUCUCAUCCGUGUUCCCCUCUAUAUUCUGCGUGAUGGUGUUGGGGGCCUCCCGAUGUUCCUCAGCAAUACUUUUAUUGGCAAUGCCCGGGAGCAGCUCAUUCAUGCCUUGGGUACUCUCCAACUCAUGCCAGCGGAACAACUUCAAAAGGCUAUCAGGAUCGCUCAAAAGAGACAUUGAGCCUCGUUGACUCUGGCUUGCUGCCUUUUCAUUCUGAUGGAUUUUGGGAUGCAAUCCCGAAAGAAUUUUAGACUUUAGGAACAGGCAGCUUACAAGGAGAAGAAACUUAGAUACGGUCCUUGCUCCAGUCUUCUACCCAGCCAUCGUUGCUGAUGCUGCUGAAUAGCUUGGUGCAAAGGUUGGGAGCCUGAAUGUGGAAUCCAAUGAUCAGGUUGUUGUAUAUUUAACAUAGGUUGAUUGCGUCUCUCUUGCCUAGAUGUAGGUAACAAGAAUUGAAAGACUUUGGCUACUCUUAUCUUCACGGAAUGUAUUUGUGAUCCGCCUUCCUACAUCCUGCUUGUAGGUGUAAGAUUUCUUCCAAACAACACCCUUGCAAAAAUGGCUCUGACCUACCUCAUCUUCUGUUUUCCAACAUUUACUUUAAAUGUAUAUUGUUAUUGAGAGCAUUCUGAACUUCAUGGAAGUUGCAUUUACCUUCUCUGCAAAAGCCAACUGCAUAUAUCUGUUGAUUGAUCGUGACUUCAUUACUUCAUUGUCAGAUUUCCUUUAUUUUUUGAUCAGUGCUUAAAGAAUGGUUAUAACACUUUUGUAUGA